UUAGAUGCAGAGAUUUGAAAUUCAUAUAAUUUAAUAAAAUAAAAAAUAAAAAGAUCUAUAUUCCUCAUCAUCUUCAACCUCCUGCUCGCUUCAGCAGAGAAGAAAAGGUUUCAGUUCUGAUUCUGCAUUUGCAUUCAUGGAAAAUACCAGCGUCGAGAUCGUUUCGAACGACGUAAUCAAGCCCUCUUCUCCAACGCCUCCAUCCCUAACUUACCGGGAACUUUCAUUGAUCGAUCAAAUGGCGGCUCCCUCCUUAACGCCCGCCAUUUUCUUCUAUCGCCCUUCCAAUCCCCAAAAUCUUGCCCAUCGAUCUCUUAAACUUCGCCAGAUUAGGGCUUCUCUCGCUCGAACUCUGACUAGCUUCAAACACUUGGCCGGAACCAUGGCGGAGAGAUUCUAUGUCCAUUGCAACGACGUUGGAGUGCAAUUUUUGGAAGCGAAAGUCGAUUGCCAGAUUUCGGAUCUCUUGGACAAUCCUGAAAUUGGCGUUUUGCGCCGAUUGAUGCCAAGUGCAGAAUCGAGAAAUGGAAGCGAGUUUCUGCUCGUUGUUCAGUUCAGUAGCUUCAUCUGCGGCGGAGUAGCGGUGGCUGUUUGUCUCUCGCACAAGCUCGCUGACGGGGCUUCACUCGCGGCUUUUGUUAAAGCGUGGGCCGCCUACGCCAGAGGAGGUAACGAGUCUGUUUUGGAGCAUAAUUUUGAUGCUGUGAAACUCUUCCCACCUAGAAAAAUUCCAGGUUUCAAGCGAGAAAUCCAGCCUUCAAAAGAGAAGAUCUCGAGUAAGAGACUCGUGUUUACCAAAUCUCACAUAGCUGCCUUGAAAGAACUCGCUACCGGUGCUGGUGGUGGCUCCGUCGCGAAUCCUCCAUCGCGUGUGGUGGCUGUUUCAGCCUUCAUCUGGCUACGCCUAAUGGCUUUGGCUCGAAGGAGUCCAGUGAAGGCAAAGCUGUUUGGAGCGCUAUAUCCGGUGAACUUGCGAGCAAGGAGGGAUCCGCCGUUGCCGGAAAAUUCGUUUGGCAAUGUAUCCUGGUUUACAGUGGCAACAACACCUGUGGCGACGAAUGAAGAUCUACCUCUUCUGGCGGCCAAAGUAAGAACCGCCAUACAAGAAAUCGACUCUGGUUUUGUGAAAAACCUAGAAGAUCCUGAAAAGUUGUUGAAUCUGAUGAAGCAAUUGGACAAACAACGCUCCACCGGAGAGAUCCAUCUCUGGAGCUUCACGAGUAUGUGUAGAUUUCCCAUUUAUGAAGCUGAUUUUGGAUGGGGGAAGCCCACAUGGGUUUGCAGUCCAAGCCGGCCUUUCCGAAACGUAGUCGUUUUAAUGGAUGCUUCUGAUGGCGAUGGCGUUGAAGCUUGGGUGAACUUGAAGGAAGAAGACAUGGCCAUCUUCGAAAAGGACGAAGAGCUUCUUUCCUUUUGCUCAGGUUAGCUCUUCAUGUUAUUUGUGUACU